UACGCGACCACAGACUGUAGUUUGGCACUGUGGGGCAGCUUCAAACAGGAUAUUAGAAGAAAAGAUGUCGACCGCUAUGAAUUUUGGCUCGAAGAGCUUCAAACCUCGGCCUCCGGACAAAGGCGCCUUCCCUCUCGAUCAUUUCGGGGAGUGCAAAGACUUCAAGGAGAAGUUCAUGAAAUGCCUGAGAGACAACAGUUUUGACAACUCCAGAUGCAGACUGCAGUCUAAAGAGUACCUAGAAUGUCGCAUGGACAAUCAGCUGAUGGCCAAGGAGCCUCUUGAGAAACUAGGAUUCAAGGAUUUGAUGGACCCACCUCCCAGCCAAGCAGGCAGCAACACCAAACCCUGAAAGUCCAGGUCCAGGAGCCAAGGCUGUUAUGAGACUGAGGCUGAAAAGUCUGGCUCAGUUUUCUAAUGUAAGACCAAGGGGACAUCUGGUACCGUGCUAUGCCAUUGUGUGAAGUUACAGACUCUGCUAUUUUUCUCAGUCAUGUACAUAGGAAUAAAUCGUAUAUGUUGAUGCAGCUUUUAAA